AUGAUGGAUAUCGUUGAAUGUACAUUUAGCAUGGCUCCUGAAUUGAUGACCGUGAAAAACAAUUCUAAUAUAACGAAUUGGAGCUUCGAAGAUGGAUACAAAAGAAGUCCACCGACGAAAGAUUAUCCAAAUCGUAUAUUCAACGCAAAGCAAUUUAAUGCAUUUUACAUAGCAUUGCAUAUACCAAAUGAGCACAUUGAAUACUUGUGUGCUGGAAUAAUCAAAGGAUUCAAAUUGACAUUGACUCCACCAGGUGAAACACGUAAACCUGCUACGUACUACUAUCAAAUUCUCUUUUCGGAACAAGCGGAGAUUUUCAUCAAACCCAAACUUGUAACCACUUCUCAAACACUGCGCAAAUAUUCACCGAGUCAACGCCAAUGUUUCUUCACUUCGGAGCGCCAAUUGCGCUUUUUCCGAAUUUAUACGCAGAAUAAUUGUCAAGUUGAAUGUCUCAGCAAUUUUACUCAAAUCGAAUGUGAUUGCGUGAAAUUUUCCAUGCCAAGAGAUAAGAAUACAAAAAUCUGUGGAACAGCUAGCAUUCGAUGUUACCGGAAUGCCGAAGAUAAAUUGUUUGGGGAAGACGUAAUCGAUGAAUUUGAAAAUGACACCGUGAAAUUGUAUCGUGAACACUGUAACUGUUUGCCUGCAUGCACUUCAAUUAACGUUCAAUUGACCGCUUUGUCGAUUUAUUUUGCCGAUCCACAAGUCACAACGCUCCAACGCAUUGAAACGCAAACCCUGACCGAUUUCUUUGCCAAUUGUGGCGGAUUGCUUGGACUAUUCUUGGGUGUAUCAGUGCUGAGCAUCAUCGA